AUGGUGUCACAGGGGAGGGAUGUUACAAGAGAGAAGGAUGUCACACAAGCAGAGGGUGUCACAAAGGGGAUUGAACAGAGUCAACCAAUUGCCAUGACAACUCUAGCUGAUGUUUACAUGAGUUUUUUUGUGAUACCAAUCCUGUGGAUUAGCUUAUUAGAACAAUUAUGUAUAUAUACUACAGCAUACACCAUUCACAAUGGUCAAAACAAAAAUAGACUCGAGAAUUUCACAGUGUUGGCAGUUCCAUUGGAUAGUGCUAAAGAUCCUCCAUGCCCACCCAAUAAGUAUUAUGAUUGGAUGUUAUUUGAAUGUGAACCAUGUGGAACAUGUUGUGGGGGAAAUACACCUGAGCCAGGGUGCUUGAAGCAAGGUAUUGAUCCUGCAAAGGCCUGCCCCUAUGAUGAUCAUUGUGAACCAGUCGAGCAAGAUCCAACUUGGAUAUCGCAAAAUUACUGGAUUGUGAUAGUUGUUGUAGGAUUUCUCAUAAUGUUGACUGUCUUAAUUGUGUGUGUUCUCAAAAAAGCAAGUAUUGCAGCAUGGUACAGUCGACAAAGUUUUAGGUAUUCUCGUCAAUGCGUUCGUCAGUCUGAUGAGGAAAACGAGGCAAAUGGUAUUUCAAGGGAGCACCUACUUACUGUUAGAGAACACAUUCAAAAUCAGGAGGAAGAACAACACAUAGCAGUUGAAGAAGAACGUUAUGUACGUGAACAAGCAAGAAAUGAACUGAGUGCAAGAUACACAAAGGCAAAGGAAAGAGUAGAUGACCUGAUACAACGAGGAUAUUCAGUGCUUUUUAGUACUCUUAGUAUGGACAUUAGAACGAUAGGCAUAGCUACCAGAUUAGAGAUACCCAGUAUGCCAUGGAAAGAUUUAUUCCAAAGCCUUGGACUGGACCCUUAUCAACUUGAAUCACUCGAGGGAAGGGGACCAUUUGAGAUAGGCAUGGAUAAGCUGCUGACUGAAAACCCACAACUUAAAGUCACCACGGUUCUCAAUGCAAUGGUAGGCACUGUAAGACCAGGAACCACUGAAGAAGAUCUGGAGCCUAUAGAUGGUUGCAUCAAUGCUCUAGAAUAUGCCCUAGAUGAAAUCCCUCCAUCAGAAGACAAAUUGCCAUAAUACGUAAUCGAAACAAAUCAUCGAUAUUAUUAUAAAAUGCUUGUAAGACUAUCCCUGAGAUGCUGAAAUCCUACCUUCAAACAGUGCUCGGAGGAAACUUCUAUAUGCAAAGUUUAUCAGAAAAGCAAUCAGAAAAGCCUGCAAAAGGGUGGAGGAAAGCAUAAUGUUGAGAAGAUGAAAUAAGAACCAUUUUGAUCUAUAUACAGUGUAGGUCAACAUUA